AUGUCAUCCUACCCUCCAUAUAAGCGUUCUGCUGAGAAACAACCUCAACGAUAUGAUCGAAACAAUGAAGGAAAUCCUUUUCUGAAGUCCACCUCAUCUACCGCCAGUGUUUCCAGUAUACUCGGGGACAGUAAUUUCGGGGGAAGCCAGUUUAGCCAGUUUUCCCAAUCUGAAGCUAGCGAUCGUCCUUUCAAGAGAACAAGGGUAGAAAUGGAUCUUUCAGAACGGCGUGCAAGCCCAAUUACUCCUUCGAGAAAGUCCUUCAACUUCAUCCCGGACCUUGGGGGACUAAGAGGAUCUUUAAAGUCGAUUAGCAGUGCUUCACCGAAAUUCGUCAAAGAUUUGUCGGAUACUCGCCUCAAGAUCGCUACUCUAGAAUAUACGAAAAGUGAUUUUGAAAGUAAGAUCGCUAGAUUGGAAACGGAUAAACAGAAUUUAGAGCUUCAGAUCAAGGAAUUGAAUUUGUCCAUUGAGAAACUGAAGAGCGAUCGAAAAUUUUUUUGUGAUCGUGAGAUUGAAACAUCGAAGAAAUUAGAACGCAUCGAAUUGGAGCUCUCACAGGGCGCACAAAAUUAUGCUCGUGAGCUAGGAAGGCUUAGAAAUGAGGUUGCCAGGUUAACGCAGGAAUUACAGGAUGCUCGGAACGCUAGUCAAGCAAAGGAAAACGAAUAUAAUCGGAUGAUCGAAGCAUUAAGAUCCGAGAAUAAAAUCCUAGAGCACAACUUAGAAAGUUCAAAUCAACAGAUUCAGAUACAGAAUGAAAUAUCGACCUCCCGGCAGGCUCUUUUAAGUCAGGUCCAGGCGCAACUGGCCGAGACACAACACAAGUUGCAGGAACUUCAUGAUCUCUCACCUCAAUUGGACAACAUUCAAAAUAUGAAGAAGCUAAAUCAAGGUAAUUUAGGUCAUAAGAACUUGGAGAAAACCAAACGUGAGCUUACGUCAGAACUGAAACAUUUGAAAACUUUAUCACCGAGUAUUCAGAUACUUGACGAAAAAGUUAAGACGUAUGAAAAUGAGCUGUUAAACAUGAAUUCACUCCGUCGCCAGGCCGCGGAGUUGGAAGCCGAGAAUGCUAUGUUAAAAAGAGAGAAAGUUGAAUGGGCCAGUUAUCUUGACAAGGAGAAAGACGUCGUCAAUGUUAACUCAGCAUAUAGUCUCUGUAGAGAACUUGCAUCGAGAAGAAUCGAAAUUGAGUUAUUGCAAGAGAGAGAACGCAUUUUAGAGGAGAAAAUAAAGAGCAAAGAUAUUGUGAUCGCUGAAAAUGAAAACAAUCUGAAUAACAAACGUGUGGCUAUCGAAAGUAAAUUCUCGAAUGAGCUUGAAUCAUACAAAAAAACCAAGAUAUUACUUCAAAAGGAAGUAGAGAUGCUCACGAACACUCUGAAAUCAUACGAUGAAGAAGAGAAGCAUUUACAACCUGGUAAUUAUGAUGCCCAAAAAACAGAACGCAUUGAAGUUCUCGAGAAAAUGCUUGCCGAAUACAAAAAAGAGUUGGACGAGGCACGCGAAAGUAAAUUACAAGCUAUCCAGCAGACAGAAGAGGCAUCAGAUUCUGCUGAUGCGAGUUUUCAUUCGGUUCAGGUUAUGCAGCGAAAUGAAGAGCUGCAAUCAAUAAACUUUAAUUUGGAGAAUGAGAACGCCAAUUUAAAGAAGGAAAUAUUUUCUCUACAAAAUCAAGUUUCCGUUCUUGAACAGACCGAAUUGAAAAUCCAUUCUGCUGAGCUGAUAAAGCAAAAUGAACUACAGCAAAAGAUUAUUAGGGAACUGAAGAACGAGAAUGCGUCAUUGAAGAAAGAAAUAUCGUCACUUGAUCAACAAAUUGUUUCUUUGGAACAGGCGGUCGGAAGGGGAGAGUAUAACAGGGAAUCCACGCGAUUACUUGAGAUGAAAGAGAAUCCAUCAUCGGUUGAUUAUGCUAUCCGACAAAGUACAUUACAGGCACUGAAAAAAGAAAAUCAUCAGCUCCUUGAAAAGUUGAAAGAGUUUCAAUUAAAAUAUGACACAGAGUUUAAUGACGAAGGUGUUGGCAGGGAAGAUAUUGAUGUCAUACCAACCCAGAGUUUCUUGAACCUGGAAGGAGAAAAUAAACAUUUGAUGGAACAGAACGUGAAGUUGGAAAUACGGAUUACAAGGUUAUUGGAUGCCUGGAAGGCCAAGGCCCAAGAGUUCAGAGAAGCAGUGUACAGUCUUUUAGGCUACAAAUUGGAAUUCCUCGAGAAUGGAAGGGUUCGGCUGGCGUCUAUGUACUCGGAACAAGAUGAUCAUUCUCUCGUUUUCACUUCGGAUGACGAUAACCGCGGUACCAUGCAGUUGAUUGGAGGCGGUAACGAUGAAUACAUCAAAAGUUUAGAUGAUCUUAUAAAGUUCUGGGUCGUUGAACGUGGAUCAAUUCCGUGCUUUUUAAGCAGCUUGACAAUGAAAUUGUUUGAAAAUACAACGUUUGAUCCGGUUGGCAGAGACGUGGAUAUGACGAGCAUUAGUAGUAAUCUAAAUUUUGGAACAA